UGGCUUGGGGCUGCGGCGUCCGCUCGGGUGCGCGGGAGCUCGGCAUGGCGGCCCCCGCGGCGGCCCUGGGGCCCUCGGCGCUAGGCCAGAGCGGCCCCGGCUCCAUGGCCCACUGGUGCUCGGUGAGCAGCGGCCCGACGCGCUACGUGCUCGGCAUGCAGGAGCUGUUCCGGGGCCACAGCAAGACGCGCGAGUUCCCGGCGCACAGCGCCAAGGUGCACUCGGUGGCCUGGAGCUGCGACGGGCGUCGUCUGGCCUCCGGGUCCUUCGACAAGACGGCUAGCGUCUUCUUGCUGGAGAAGGACCGGCUGGUUAAAGAAAACAAUUACCGCGGGCACGGCGACAGCGUGGACCAGCUCUGUUGGCAUCCGAGUAAUCCUGACCUCUUUGUCACCGCGUCUGGAGACAAAACCAUUCGCAUCUGGGACGUGAGGACCACCAAGUGCAUCGCCACCGUGAACACUAAAGGGGAGAACAUUAACAUCUGCUGGAGUCCCGACGGGCAGACCAUUGCCGUAGGCAACAAGGACGACGUGGUGACCUUUAUUGAUGCCAAGACACACCGUUCAAAGGCGGAGGAGCAGUUCAAGUUUGAGGUCAACGAAAUCUCCUGGAACAACGACAAUAACAUGUUCUUCCUGACCAAUGGCAAUGGUUGUAUCAACAUCCUCAGCUACCCGGAGCUGAAGCCGGUGCAGUCCAUCAAUGCCCACCCUUCCAACUGCAUCUGUAUCAAGUUUGACCCCACGGGGAGGUACUUCGCCACGGGAAGUGCGGACGCACUGGUCAGCCUCUGGGACGUGGACGAGUUGGUGUGUGUCCGGUGCUUUUCCAGGCUGGACUGGCCUGUGAGGACCCUCAGUUUCAGCCACGACGGGAAGAUGCUGGCCUCGGCGUCGGAGGAUCACUUCAUUGACAUCGCGGAAGUGGAAACAGGAGACAAGCUAUGGGAGGUGCAGUGUGAGUCCCCGACCUUCACUGUGGCCUGGCACCCCAAACGGCCUCUGCUGGCGUUUGCCUGUGAUGACAAAGAUGGCAAAUACGACAGUAGUCGGGAAGCGGGGACGGUGAAGCUGUUCGGGCUUCCUAAUGAUUCCUGACUGGGGGGGCCCGACGCAGGGGGCGCCCGGCCUGCCCUUGUGGGAUUGGUUUGGUCCCUUCUCCUGGAGUUGGAGUGCGCCUACACUGUUUGUAAAUUGGUGUAAAUUAUAAAAGUCUUUUUUUCAGGCUACCCACUCCCGUUGCCUUCCUGUUUGUCACGUUAGCCGUUUCUUAUCAUUUGGCCGUGCGUGAGGACUCUGCAGUGCGGGUGGGGGUACCAGCGUGCCCUGGCCUCUGGCGAGCUCCUCCUCCCUG